ACGUCGAUGCCAAAUUCAGCUGUUAUCUGUCAGAUGCUGAUAGCAUUUCAACUCUUGUUUAUUUAUAAAAAAACUAGUUGUACGUCGGACGUUCUGUGAAUUUACAUAGUGAAAAUCGAUGAUAACAUAGUGUUUGCUAAGCUCUCCUUUGGAUUUGUUAAGUGUUUGAGUUUCUUUUAGUGCAAGUGUAGUGUUUUGUUGUACAAAGUGUAUCGAAUAAUUUUCUUUUUACGUUGUAUGUGCACAUUAUAAUGAACUUAUCGUUCGCUGGUUGUGGGUUUCUUGGUAUUUACCAUGUCGGUGUCGCAGUGUGUCUCAAAAAAUAUGCCCCUCACUUGCUAAUAGGAAAAAUAUCUGGGGCCUCCUUUGGGGCUCUUUCGGCAUGUUGUUUACUCUGUGAUCUUCCCAUCGGGGAAAUUACAAGUGAUGUUCUAAGGAUAGUUGGUGAAGCAAGGGCUGGGUCCCUUGGACCUUUUAGUCCAUCUUUUAGUAUACAAAACCUCCUUUUGGAGGGUAUGCAGAAGUAUAUUCCACAUGAUGCACACAAGAUUGUCAGUGGGAAGCUGCACAUAUCCUUAACAAGGGUCUACGAUGGCAACAAUGUUAUUGUAACCGAAUUUCCGACUAGAGAAGAUUUGUUGCAAGCGCUGCUUGCAUCAUGUUUCGUCCCAGUGUUCUCGGGAAUGUUACCGCCGCGGUUUCACGGUAUAAGGUACAUGGACGGAGGCUUCAGCGACAACCUGCCAGUUUUGGACGAAAACACGAUCACAGUGAGCCCGUUUUGCGGCGAAAGCGACAUUUGCCCUAGAGACCUCAGCUCGCAGCUAUUUCAUGUAAAUGUGGCGAACACAAGCAUAGAACUGUCGAAGCAGAACAUAAACCGCUUCGCCAGGAUACUCUUCCCACCGAAGCCGGAAGUCCUCAGUAACAUGUGCAAGCAGGGAUUCGAUGAUGCUUUGCGUUUUCUACAUCGGAAUAACAUGAUCACAUGCACCAGGUGUCUCGCAGUCCAGACGACAUACCAGUUGCAAGAUGUUCUAGACGACACCACGUACGAAUAUGAUCCUGAAUGUGAAGAAUGCAAGACGCAUAGACAGGACGCGCUCGUAGACGAUCUCCCGGACACAGUGAUGACGAUAUUCCAGAAUGCAAUCGAUUCAGCUAACACUGGCAUUGUGAACUGGGUGAUGAGGCAAAGAGGGAUGCGGUGCGUGUCGUUGCUCACACUGCCCUAUCGAGUACCAGUCGAUAUCAUGUACGCGACGAUCACAAAAUUCGUGACCUGCACGCCAAAGAUGAGCAAAUCUCUAUGGAAGCUAAGCUGGAAACUCGUACGUCAGUUGCACGCGUUCCUAUACUCUGCGCAUGAUCGUUCAGAUGCCGCCCGUAUUUACUACAAGCUUUCAAUGGACCAUCGGGAUGAGCACCAUCGACUUGAUAGAAGGCGGGCGAGCGAGCUACGUGUGACCUACGGAGAUGUGCCGGCCGAUACAGACACCUUCGAGCACAUACUCAACGUCACAACACAUAACGACGCUCUUCUGGCCUACUACUACCUCGACAGUGACAAUAAGAUGAAGAUGACAGAAAUCUAUGACGUCACUGACGCGGACACAGACGCAGUGCAGUCUCCCACGGAACGUGACGUCAAUAAACAGCUGGAGUUCGACAACGACUGGUCCGGAGAGUUGAUGGCUGACGAUGAUGAACUAGACUUGGAAGCUGAAGAAGAUGAACUGGAACGCAACAUAUUCUCCGAUCCCGAAAGCGAAUGGACGAGACGACAAUCUUUCUCAAACGACUCCUUUAGCGAUGGCGAUCAACCUGAGUCUGAUAGACAACUGCUAGAACAAAUAGACUGCGAGCGUCUAGCGAAAACAGUGAACAAGCGGGCAGUUAUUCUCACAAACUUUAUGCUCAGCAACUUGAUGGAAGCAAUCUCGCAGUUACUCUCAAAUACUACGCUCUUGACGUCGCUGCAGUUAGAGGGCUUGCCUCUGAAAAUACCAUAUUUGAAUCCUUUGAGCGAGGUAUUGCUAAGAAACAGUUCUCUCCGACACAUUUACUUACCAAGGUGCUUGAUCGGUGACGCGGGCUGUUUAGCUAUUUGUAAAGCAGUCAGAUGUCUACCUAACAUCCUCACUAUGGACCUUAGUGGUUGUGAACUUACGCCGCUCGGAGCUGGUUACAUAGCUGAUUUAAUUAAGUAUCAAAAAAUCCAUCGCUACAGUGAAAACUGGGUGCAUACACUACGCUAUCGGCUGCCGGAAUUGGACACAAUGGCUGGUUUGAGAAGAAUAACGUUAUGCGGGAAUCAGCAAUUUGGAGAUGCAGGAGUCAAAAAAUUGCUGGACGUACUGGCAGACGAUUUAUGGAUUAAAGCGCUGGAUCUCCAAAACUGUGGUCUAACGGAAGAUUGCGCGUCUGCAGUGCUGCACACGAUGACAUCGAACAUAACUCUCGUAGUCCUUGACAUAAGACAUAACGCUCUUUUAUCAAGCGAGUCCCUUUCUAAAAUACGGUCUGCACUAAGAGAGAACGAACGGGGUACUACCGGACAGUAUGCAUGGCUUGGCAAUCUGUGUAACUCUUCAAGUGAAGGCAGAGUGUCAAAGAAUGGAAUGAUUAAAGAGCGUGUGGCAUCUAACGUUCGAACAGCACCUAACAAAUACAACGUGAAGGCUAAUAUAGUUAAGAAGGAGAAAGACUACACAGAAGCAUUAGAAGAACAAUUGCAAGACGAGACAACGCAUCGGCGGCAGCUCGAAGAACUCAACGAGAGGCUUGUACAACAAAUGCGAUCGCUCAAACAGCAGCAGAUACAGCUGUGGCAGAACUCUCCCUCCUCCAGUUCAGAACAAUCGUUCCAAGCGAGUUCAAGAUCUGGAGGCCUGUCGACCAGCUCUGGUUCUACGAGUUCGGUUCCUAUCGAUCAGAACACACUGUCCUACAUACAGCAAGCCUUCAAGGACAUAUAUGCGUUCAUUAAGAACAACCAGUGUCAAGGACAAUGUCUGCUCGAGAAAUCGGAAGACCUAAUAGAUGUACAGAAAGAGUUGAUAGAAGGAACGGAAGUAGAACAAAUAGAGACGAAAGGAUUACGCAUAGCUAAGAAAGCUCAGAGCACACACUUGAAACUGACAGAGAAUGGAAAGGUGAAGAAGAUGACGAAAUCCGCUCAUUUGCUUGGCGAUAUGCGGCAUAGUGUGAAGAAUGAUAUGAAACUUGAAAUGGUUGAGAGGAAAAUGGGAGAUACUAAUGUUAUACACGGCGACGAUCAGAGUAUUGUAAAAGAAGUGAUCGCAGCUCAGAAAGAUCCUAAAAGGAAUAUACAAGGUAGUCCGUGCAGUAGUGUCGUAAGCGACUCAUCAGACACUCUUGUUUACUCGCCGAAAUCGCCCUGCCGCGAAAGUGUAUACCAGUCACCAUGCAUAGAGACAGUUUACAGGUCGCCUCGCCUCGAGAACGGAUUCAAAUCCCCUCGCCAGAGUGCGUGCGACGCCUCGCGCGAGUGUGCGAUGUACCAAUCCCGCAAAAUCAACCUCAACCCGCGAGACGCGAUGUAUUCAUCAUCCGAUGAUGACUCGUGAUAGAUUCUUUUGUACCUAUUGCCUUUGUAUGUUACUUUUGUGUCAAGAUUAAA